CCUUUACCUUGGGUGAAAAAUGCAUUUCAAAUCCAAGCAUCUUUUAUUCAACAGACUCUAGGCUAGUUUCUAGCCUCAUAGUUAUAUAACCUCAUAUUGCAUUGAGGAAAUUACUUUUUAUUCCUUUAAAGCUUCACAAGAAAACCAGUAAUUUCUAAGGAUGCUGUCAUUUGACCUGCUAACCAAGAUGCUUUUCCUUCUUUCCACAGCAUACUUAUAUGUAUUAUAAGUACUAAAGAAUACACAUCGUCUAGCACAUUAUGUAGCGCAAAGGGAUAUUUAUACUCAUCUGACUUGUUCCUUUUGCAGUCUGCUUAUCGUAAGAAAGUCGAAACAGGAACCACAUUACCUUUGUUAGUCUUUCGAGAGGUCCAAGAGCUUUACUUUUGAUGUAACAAGCCAGCACUACCACUUCCUGAAAAUUGUAUUAGUUAGUUGUGUGUGUGCGUUUAGCACAGGACGAGACUCGUCUAAUUUCCAAGGGAGGGAUUAGUUAGUUGUGUGUGUGUGUGUUUAGUGCAAGACGAGACUCGUCUAAUGUCCAAGGGAGGGACCGAAUUCGGCUCCUUUCCGUCUACACGCAGUCCCCCGAACACGCGGAUAGUUGUUCCGUAGUAUUUGGCACGGGUCGAGAAGAACUACAACUCCUGGCAGCGGGGAGGGGGAGGGAGAAAUGUGUGGUCGCGUCUAAGGGUGUGGUAGGACCUCCUCUCCUUCCCGCACCUUUCAUUCCGAUUUGGGAACCUUUCCCUCAGAAGGAGGGGCGGAAGGUGGACACCUCCCCUGCCGUUUUGGCGCGCUCAGCGCAGAGGAUUGUGGGUGCGGCCGGGGGGACUGCUGUUUGUGUGGGUGGGCUGGGCUGAGGGGGAACCCGCUAAGAUGUCCGGGGAAGAGGAGGGCCCUACUGGAGAAGAUGGGGCCGGGCAGUGCCCAGUCCGGGCCGCCAUCGACCACCUCUGUCAGGAACUCAACUUGGACGUUAGCAGCGCUGCCGAAGCUCUCCGAGAUUUCACCGCCUUGAGAGGCACCUACAGCCUGGAGGGUGAUACUGUACAUUGGUUGGCUUGUGCUCUGUAUGUUGCAUGCCGUAAGAGUAUAAUCCCCACUGUAGGAAGUGGCUUAAUGGAAGGAAACUGUGUCUCACUGACCACAAUACUACGCUCAGCAAAACUGAGUUUAAUUCAGUUUUUUAGCAAAAUGAAGAAGUGGAUGGACAUGUCAAAUAUAUCUUGUGAAUUUCGAGAGAGAGUGGAGAGGCUGGAGAGAAAUUUUGAAGUAUCAACAGUGAUUUUCAAGAAGUUUACACCAAUAUUUUUGGAUAUAUUUAAAAAUCCUUAUGAAGAGCAGCCUAAGAUACAAAGGAGUAGAAAACAGAGACGGGUACCCUGUAGUGUUAAAGACCUAUUCAAUUUCUGCUGGACACUAUUUGUUUACACAAAAGGUAAUUUCAGUAUGAUUGGAGAUGAUUUAGUGAAUUCGUACCAUUUGCUUCUGUGCUGCUUGGAUCUGAUAUUUGCAAAUGCUCUUCUGUGUCCAUAUAAAAAGGACUUAUUGAACCAGUCUUUCAAAGGUUUGCCAGAAGACUUCCAAAUCUCUGACUUCAGGACAUCAGAAGGGCCUCCAUGUAUUAUUGCCACACUCUGUGAAUUGCAUGAUGGCCUUUUGGUGGAAGCCAAGGGCAUAAAGGAGCAUUAUUUUAAACCAUAUAUUUACUAACUCUAUGAU